ACUGCGACACGUCGUCGGUCAGCUGACCGGGUGUGGUCAUGUGAUGUGCUGUGGCCAUAAAGCCGCACAGAGCGGAACCGUGAGCGGUCGCAAGCUGCAACAAUGGCCCGGGCUCCAGGUUCCUGCUGCGCUCUCCUCCUCGCUGUUCUCCUCAGCACAGGGCUCCCCAGUCCCCUGACGAGUAAAGAGGUGUGGAGCUAUGUGGAGGUGAGGGACGGGGCCCACAUGUUCUGGUGGCUCUACUACGCUGACAGCCCGGCUGCACAGUACAAGGACCUGCCUCUGGUCCUGUGGCUGCAGGGGGGACCAGGGGGAUCAGGGACCGGCUUCGGAAACUUUGAGGAGAUUGGACCUCUGAACAGGGACCUAGAGCCCAGAAAGACCAGCUGGGUCCAGGCAGCCAGUGUGUUAUUUGUCGACAACCCUGUGGGCACUGGCUUUAGCUACACUGAGAGCCCAGGUGGCUACGCUACCAAUGUGGCCACGGUGGCCUCGGACAUGCUGGUGCUGCUCAAACACUUCUUUACAGAGAGGCCCGAGUUCCAGAGCAUCCCCUUCUACAUCUUCUCUGAGUCGUAUGGAGGGAAGAUGGCGGCUGCUAUCUCCUUGGAGCUCAGCAAGGCUGUAGCAAAAGGGACGGUGAAGUGCAACUUUGCCGGUGUGGCUCUUGGGGACUCCUGGAUUUCCCCACUGGACUCCGUCAUGACGUGGGGGCCGUACCUCUACAGCACUUCGCUGCUGGAUGAUCACGGCCUGGCGGACGUCAGCAGUGCGGCGGAGGCAGUGAAGGAAGCUGUGGAGCAGCAGCAGUUUGAGAAGGCCACUGAACUGUGGUCUGUGGCGGAGACGGUGAUUGAGCAGAACACCAAUGGAGUCAACUUCUACAACAUCCUCACCCAGGAUCCAGAUGCGAAACUCGCCUCCUCAGCAGGAAAGGACUUCAUCGCUCUGCUGACUCGUCGCCAUAUUCGCCCCCUUCACAGCCAAUCCCUGAGCGAGCUGAUGAAUGGACCAAUCAGGAAGAAACUUGGCAUCAUACCCCAGAACGUCACCUGGGGAGGCCAGGCAGAGGAGGUGUUCAGCUACAUGGCAGGUGACUUUAUGAGACCAGUGGUGGACAUAGUCGACCAGCUUCUGACCGCUGGAGUGAAUGUCACUGUCUACAACGGCCAGCUGGAUCUCAUCGUGGACACCAUUGGUCAGGAGCAGUGGGUGAAUCGGCUGAAGUGGGAUGGACUGCCAGGGUUUCAGGAUCUGAGGUGGACUCCCCUUGACGACCCCGCCUCCCUUGGCGUUACUGGUGCUUUCUACAAGACUUACAAGAACUUUGCCUUCUAUUGGAUCCUCAAAGCUGGUCACAUGAUUCCCUCAGACCAAGGGCCUAUGGCCUUGCAGAUGUUGAAGAUGAUCACCCAGCAGGCCUGAUCCACUAACUCUGAUGCCAGCUGGCUUGGCUCUGACAAUCACUAUGAUCAAAUGAUCUUUUUAUAUUCCUUUUCCUGCUAAACCAAAUCAAGAAUCUCAGUUUUUUUUUUGAUUACAGCACUGACCUGUGUAGACUUCAGCCAGUCCACAAUAAAGACAUUUCUUUUUUGUAA